UUACCGCAGUGUUUGUGUGCGGGAUUAGCCUCUACUUAGCUUUGUGUGUGCAGUGAUCCAGGUCGCCCCUAUGGAUCGCGUCCAUGGAUGUCUUCAAACCCGCUCUGGACAAUAGUUUGAGUCCUAAGGCGAGCGUCCCUUCAUCGGAAGAAGCGGAGACAGAUGUUUUCCGCUGGCCGACACCGGAGAAUGGCAUCAGAGCAACGCCGGGUGCGAGACCCUCUGCACCGGGCGUCUGGACCGCCGUGUUUGACUAUGAGGCGACUGCGGACGAUGAGCUCAGUCUACGCAGGGGGGACCUGGUGGAGGUGCUGUCCAAGGACUCCCUGGUGUCGGGAGAUGAGGGAUGGUGGACCGGUAUGAUAGCAGAUCGGGUUGGCAUUUUCCCGUGUAAUUAUGUCAGUAAAGGGAAUGGCAUCCCGGAGGAAAUACGGGAUACCUCAGAGCAGCAGUACUCAGUGCCUCCUCUGCACCUCCUGGAGAUUGAUUUCUUAGAGCUGACCCUUGAGGAAAUCAUCGGAGUGGGCGGUUUUGGAAAAGUCUAUCGUGCCAUUUGGCGGGGCUCAGAGGUGGCGGUGAAGGCGGCACGACGAGACCCAGAUGAGGACGCGGAGCAGACCCUGGAGAGCGUCCGUCAGGAGGCCAAGCUUUUUGCCAUGCUCAACCAUCCCAACAUCAUGGGUCUGCUGGGGGUUUGUCUACAAGAGCCCAACCUGUGCCUGGUCAUGGAGUACGCUCGGGGCGGCCCCCUCAACCGGGCCCUCGCAGGGAAACGAAUCCCUCCGUGCACACUGGUGGAUUGGGCCGUACAGAUCGCCCGGGGCAUGCACUACCUCCACAGCCAGGCCAUCGUCCCUAUUAUUCACAGAGACCUCAAGUCCAGCAACAUCCUGAUCCUUGAGAGGGUUGAGAUGGAAGACCUCAGUAACAAGACCCUGAAGAUCACCGACUUCGGCCUGGCUCGAGAGUGGCACCGCACCACCAAGAUGAGCGCAGCCGGGACCUACGCCUGGAUGGCUCCCGAAGUCAUCCGCUCGUCCACGUUCUCCAAGGGUAGCGACGUUUGGAGUUACGGCGUGCUGUUGUGGGAGCUGCUGACGGGAGAGGUUCCUUUUCGGGGUAUCGAUGGUCUCGCUGUGGCUUAUGGAGUGGCAAUGAAUAAGCUGGCUUUGCCCAUUCCCACAACUUGUCCUGAGCAAUUUGUACGUCUUAUGGAGGACUGCUGGAGCCCAGACUCUCACUCCCGGCCGCACUUCACAACUAUUUUAGACCAGCUGACCGCCAUCGAGGAGUCAGGCUUCUUUGAGAUGCCAGCAGAGUCCUUCCACUCUCUGCAGGAUGACUGGAGACUGGAGAUACAGGAUAUGUUUGACCAACUGAGGACCAAGGAGAAGGAGCUGCGAUCUUGGGAGGAAGAGCUGACCCAAGCGGCACUGCAGCAGAAGUGCCAGGAGGAGGCGUUGAGGAGGCGCGAGCAGGAACUAGCCGAGAGGGAGAUCCAUAUCCUGGAGCGAGAGCUCAACAUCAUGAUUCACCAGCUCUACCAGGAAAAGCCUCACGUGGAGAGCAGACAGGGCAAGUUCCGACGCAACCGCCUAAAACUCAAGGAUGGGAACAGGAUCAGCUUGCCUUCAGAUUUUCAGCACAAAAUCACAGUGCAGGCGUCACCUUCUCAUGAUCGGCGCAGGAGUUUGCUCAGCAGCGGCUCCAGCCCUCCGACUAGUCCACCAAUGCUGCCCCGCCUAAGAGCCAUACAGCUCACUCCAGGGGAGGGGUGUACAGAGUUGGAGAGAAAGGGGUCCAGGAAGAAGGGCAGAUCCCGCGGGUGUGGUCCUUACAGGGAGCACAGCGCUGAUGCCAGUGUGAAACCUGCACAUGAGGGGAGCAGGCAGCGGUCCUGCAGCGCCCCGAAUCUUCGCAGAUCCCCGAGACACAGUCCAGCAGUGCCUGGAGUGCCAAGCCUGGUGGAGAUGGAAAAUGAAGACUGCUGCUUCACUACUGAGCCAGGAGCGGCCUCUGGUCAGUCCUACCUCUGCAUCCCCUUCCACAAAGAGGGCCACACAGGUGCUGCCGCUGAUGGUGCCGACGGAGAGGAGUAUUGCCCCAGCGUCCAGGUGCCAGCAACACCACCGUGCAAGAAAAGCCCGGCAGGUGGUCGUCGCUCUGAGCUGGUCCUGCUGGGCUGUGGAGCCCUGCUGGCAGCCGUUGGAUUGGGCUGCAAUCUUCUAACUUUAGCCCAACCAGAAGAGACUAUCAAACCACGAUGGGAGAGCUUCUUUCACAGAUCAGGGGGCCAAAGGCGGAGCACCAGCCCCCCAACUCGCAGACUAUUCAGGCGGGAAAGCCCACUGAAACCCUCAGCACCCUCGUUACCUGAGCGAGGCUUGCCCCCCUCUUACACGCUGCUGUCCUUAUCAUCAGUGUCUGACUGCAACUCCACCCGCUCACUGCUGCGCAACGACAGCGAGGAGUUGUUAGUCUGCCGCCCCGCCUCCCCGCUUGCAAAGCAUUCUCUCCCACCUCCCGUCCUGCAGCAUCAUGGCAUCCGAACCCCGGUCAACCCGCUGGUCAACACCCACCUUGAAAGCUUCAAGCGUAACCCCCGCCAGUCUCUAACGCCCACACACGUACCCUCCGCCACAAGUUCCUCACGUAGCUUACGUCGAACGCCAUCAGAUGGAGCCAUCAAGAAGUGCAGCCCUCCUCAUAAUCUUGAACCACUGCCAGAAAAGAAAGCUUUAGAGAGCACAGGUGGUUUUAGAGGAUUAAAAGAAGACUGUUCUGAAGUUCCCCGGCUCCCAGAUCCCAAUGUAGUAUUCCCCCCCACACCCCGACGUCGCUGUGCCCCCGAACGCCCCAAAACUUUGGACUUUGUAGCUCGGCCUCGGCCUUCCCCACGGGCUCGCUGUGAAGUGUUCUGGGCGGACACGAGGCCUCGGGGAAACGGACAGACCCUGGGUAACGGCGAGUCCCCUGCCCAUACCUCCAGCACAGAGACUCCUCCCACGGUAGAGUUUGGGAGAGACCCCGCAGUGCUGCCCACCCCCAUGGAGGCCCCGACACCCUACUCCCCCCGCAAGAACGAAAACCUGUUGGAUCAGCUGGACGAGGGACAGUACCGAGAUGGAACCGUCCCACUCUGCAGACCGGAGAUCAGCUUUCCCAAAGACUCACCUUACCGCUUCAGACCCGGAUUCUGGUCCUAACUUUGUCCCAUGUGUGCAUACAGCCUCAGCCCUCACUGGUCCAACACGAGGAGGGGAAAGUCCCUGGUAUUAACCUGUUGGAUUGUAAAAGGUGUGCGUCAAUUAGUACUUACAAAGUGUUCUCUGAAUCUGUUUUUAGCUUUAAUCAGUACUUAAUGGAGGUGGUUCACCUUUUCCCAUCUACAGUAAUGUGGUUUCAAUCACAGGAAUACAUGCAAAAUGAACUUU